AUUUCAUUUAAAGCAUCUAAUGUUUAGCACUGAUUAGAUUACAUUAAAAAUGGUAAUAGUUGAAUAAAGAAAAAUUCCAUUCUACCAGUUAUGAAACUGAUAUAAACAAUAUUAGAAUAUUGAGUAAAAACAACCCAAUGUCUUCCACCAGUUCAAAACUAGUUCUAGGACUCUCGUGCGCAGUCUCGUUAGGCAUAGUGAGCUAUGUUCACAUAAAGCAGCAAUAUGACAGGGAAAAGAUGCAUGAAGGUGUAUUAAAGGAUGUAGAAAGGCAACAAAGAAGAAAAAUAGAAAACCUGUACAUGCUUGAGAAACAAAAUGAAUUAACAAAACAACUGAAGAAAGGAUUAAAUGAAACUUAGCUAUGUAAAAAAAGACAUAAGAGUUAUCCUAAUUUUAUUUAUUUCCUAAUGAAAUACUUAUGAAUAGAAUUUAGAUUAAAUACAUAUAAACUUU